CCUUGCUCGAUCACUCAUUUUGUGCGCCACUGUGAUUUGACUGCGGAACAGGUGAACACCAUCACGGAUUCGUCACCGCUGGAAAGUUGCAGACUUUGAACGUUUCCGUGUUUUGAAACACAGUGCUCCAAGAGUUGAGUUUCGUGGUGGAACUGCAGUUUCCAUGCCUGAAAUUUGGUGAGGAAUCAAUUACUGUGCUUUAAUUUGAUUUAGUUUGAGACACAUCUCGUCGUCAUCAUGAUUGAGCGAGUGUUGGUGGUGUUGCUAGCUUUCGCUGCAUCGUCGCCGGGAGUUUGGGGGCAGGAGACGGAGACAGACAUGGCAAUGCUCGGGGUGAACUCCCGUACGUACCCGCUAGACCUCAGCGGCCGUCCCAAGGAGACAGACUGCGUAGACAUCCCCGAGGACCUCAGCCUGUGUCAGAACAUCGGAUACACUCGUAUGCGAAUGCCGAAUCUUCUGGAGCACGAUUCCCUAGAUGAGGUUAGAAACCAAGCUAAAAGUUGGGUCCCUCUUCUUCUUCAACGAUGCCACGAAGGCACACAGCUCUUCCUGUGCACGCUUUUCGCUCCGGUCUGCUUGGAGGUGGACCGCCCCAUUUACCCGUGCCGGUCGCUUUGCGAGGAGGUGCAAGCCGGGUGUGGGCCACUGAUGGAGUCGAACUGUUUCCCCUGGCCAGCUAUGCUUCAGUGUGAUAAGUUCCCAGAGGACAACGAUCUCUGCAUCAGGCUCAACAUGAGGAAUCAGAACGGGACAGUGGAGGCGCAGCCUUUCGAAAUGUCAGCAGGUACGGCACACACUGCUAUGCAGGAAGCCUAUAUGAUGCACUUUACGCAAUGUCAUGAUGACAGCCUAGAAGAUACGCUACUAAGAAAAUUCUGCAACUCCGAUUUCGUUUUGAAAGUGAAAAUCAAGACGAUUCGUGAAUCCAAAGACGGCAAGAAGUACAUUGGGGACCCCAACCCUGAGAAGCUGGAAGUCCUGAAGCAAGGUUCAUUGAAGACCAAAGAUCUUCAAAGACUCACUUUCUAUGUACGAGAGGGCGCUAACUGCCAAUGUGACAUGCUAGAACGCAGUGGAAAUUACCUCCUCGUCAUGGGCCACAGGGACAGCAAAAAGAACCGGAAGCUAUUCAUGACCUUUGUCCACAGCUGGGAGAAGACACGUGACUUCCGGCGCGCGAUCAAGGGGUUCGAGAACCCGGACAUGUGCGAGAACUUGGAGACGGCGACGGAAGGGAGACGCGAGGAAAUCGCCCCGCAGGACGCAGAGCCGCAUGAGAUGACACCGGCCGAUGAGGUUCUGUUGGCGAGUCAGACCAACACACCGGUUAACGAUGGCGUAUAUACAACCCACCAGGUCAUGGCCGACGAGACGCCCUCUCCGAAGACCAACACAAGACGGGAAAGGAAACGAGGAAAGCGCACUCGCGAUCGCCCACGGAAAAACCGCGAGCGGGAAAACAGGGAGAUGCCUGUCAGGAGAGCUAGAUCUAAAUGGGAUUAAAGAUCAAAGAUCGCACCUUGAACUUUGUGGAAUCUGUAAGGUCCGUCCUUACACGAUCUAGCGCCCCCUUCCUUCACAAAAUAGAGUGGAACGCGGAUGAAGAAAUGAGAAGAGUAGGAUCUAAAUCCAUUUUCUGUGCAUGGGCACUUUGUAUUCAGUCCCAUUAACUGAUAUCGAUGUCUUUUCGACCCGUAAUGUAAUCUCAAUUCAAAUAAAUGAGUGUCCUUUUAUGUUGUUGAAAGACAAAUUACCCCCAAAAUUACAACCUAAUGAUAAACUGUGAUUAAACGUUAUUUAAGGAGAGCUACCGUUUUGUUUCUACACUGUAGCUAAUUUUGAGCUUAGUAAAAAAAGAAUAGCGAGGACAACAGAAUGUAGGCCUAUGUUAGGUAAUGUGUGUGAAAAACAAAACGACAACAAAACUUGUUUCAUGUGUGCUAUGCGCUAGAGGUGAUUACACAUAAUAAAGCCAUCUUACAUAUACAUGAUUUGUAUAAGCCUUUGUAAUUCUUGUGUUAUGUCAUGUCAUAAUUAUAAGGUAGCUCGUAGAUAUAAUCUGCGCAUGGGCAGAUAAAGGUCAUUUGUACCAUAGUUGUAAAACCCAUGGAGACGGAUACGGGAUAUGUGUUCAUGAAAAGUAUGUAACCAUUAUUCAUUUAUUCACUAACGGCACAUUCUCUGACAAACGGGAGGAAACGUUGUUUUAACGAGGAAUAAAUGGUAUUCACGAAGCACCUCCAUUACUUUGGCAGUGAGUAUUCUAAAAUGCACAAAUGGGACAUCUCCAUUUAUAAAAGAUCUGUGAAUAUUUGGGACUCAUAAUAGCCUAGGCUAACUACGAACUGGUCUAUCAAAAGAACGCUAACAACAGCAGAAUAUAUCAGUAUUUAAUUACCACCAUUCAUCAGUUACAUAUCAAUUUAGUCAUCAUCUUUGUCAGAAACGCGGGUUAGUUCUUUCAUUCUAUCAGUGGACAAAUUACUGGUUACGGCAAGCCUACUUCAGAUCUAUGUCGUAGCUGGCGCUGUUGAUGUUGCAGUUUAACGAUCAUCAACAUCAUUAAUAUGUGUUAUUACUUGUGUACUGGCAUAAUAAUAAUAUUACGGAGUCCAUUUAUAAUGCUUUCAAGUCGAUUAAUUGCGUAUCCUGAUCAGAUUAUUUGGAUUUGAAUAUUCCUCCUAUGUUAAUUAUAUAUUCUUGAAUGUAUAACUGCGGUUCAGAAAUCCUGUACACACUGCAUGUACUUGAUUGAUAGGUUCUUGAAUUUACCCCGAGUAUUUUUGUAAUAAAGUUUUGAUACGAUGUAAUUAGCAAAACAGUUAUUCUCCUUAUAUGGACUUGUAGAUUAUGUGCAUAACAAAAAGAAGCAAAUAGUUUGUUUAAAAAAUAUUAGAAAUUUCACAUACAGUCCAAUAUGAAAGAUGAAGUUGAGUUCUGGGCAUGCGAUUGGAUUGGAAAUGGUUGGAAAAGAUUGAUUAUGUAUCGCACAAGAAGUUGUGUAUAUUUAGAGGCUUUGAAAUCAUUAACAUUGAGAAAUUAACUCUCUCUUGCUCAGAGUCCAUGCACUGCACACAAAAAUAUGUGUAUGGAACUACACAAACAUGAGCCAUGAAAAUUUGGUCCAGGAAUUUCUUGUCAUUACGAAUAUGAUGGUUUUUGAAGAGCAAUAUCUAUUAGGAGAUAUUUUUUUUCCUUAUUAACAUAAAAAAAUUGUAAAAGCUCACAAAUUACUUUUCAAAAUUCACAGGAGGCAACGUUAAAUUAGAGUUAAUGGCGCUCUCGUUGACAUUUCGUCUAAGUGCAUUGUAUUCAACAGUUUACAAACCAUUCAUUACUAGAAGUGGCAAAAUUGUGUAUGUAUCUUUAUGCUUUUAUCAUGUAAAUAUAAAUAAAAACGCCGCCGAGAUUUCAUGUUAAAAAUUAUUAUGCAAAGUGUUCAGUUAAAACUGCACAAUGUGGUUGUACGUUAUGUAUUUGUUUUAUAUAUUGUGAAUACGGUAUAAUUGUUUUGAAAGCACUGUGACUCCCUGCAGAAAAUGACAAAAAUAUUCUGACGUAACCGUUUGACUUUCUGGCAACGCCCGUUCACGUGAUGCGUAAUUUCGAAAUUGCGUCAUAAUACAUGUAGAAUGAUGAUAAUAAUCAUAAUAAAUCUGUGUUUAUUUAGCCCUUAAUUUGGAAUACCGUCUCUAAGAGCCUUAUUAUUACCCCGGUCGUCGGGAUUCAUUCACGCACUCAGUGUGCACCAUCUCCACUCCCUGGGGAUUAUUCCUAAAAUUGCGGUUGUCAAAUUGUGUAAAUAAUAUCCACAUAACUUACAAGGUUUUCAAUGUACAGUCUGACAACUCUUUGUAAAAUAUACACAGGGAAUAGAAGGAGUCAACAGUCCUUCUUGAAUUCUUAUUUCUUCUGCUUCUUAUUUGGGAUUUUCAAUACAUUUCUAGCUGCGACGUUGUGUGUUUCUUGUAGGAUAGAUGUAAAUAGUUACACUUAUUAUACCAAAUAAAAACAAUCAGAAACUGACAA